AUGAAUUAUAAUAUGUAUGGAGCAUCUUACGGUUUACAAGGCGGAGGAGGCUUUAUUGGAGGGAAUUAUGGAUCUCAAGGAGCUAAUGAACAAAACAAUGGCACAAAUAAACGUACAAGUGGAAAUACACUUCGUCCAGUAACAAUCAAGCAAAUUCUUGAAGCAUCUCAGCAACACCCAGAUGCAGAGUUCAAAAUUGAUGGUACAGAGAUUUCCCAGCUUACUUUUGUCGCUGUUGUACGCAGUAUAUCUAUCCAAUCAACUAAUAUCACCUACAGAAUGGAAGAUGGUACGGGAUUGAUCGAAGUAAAGCAAUGGUUAGAGAUGGAAACCAUUGCAGAUGACAACCCUAAAAAAAAUAUUGACAUUACUACUGAUACAUAUGUUCGAGUAAUUGGUCAAUUGAAGGCGUUUAACAACAAAAGACAUAUAUACGCACACCAUAUACGUCCAAUUAUGGAUUUGAACGAAGUUCAGUAUCAUAUCUUGGAAACAACAGCAAUUCAUCUGUACUUUACAAGAGGUCCACCUCAAAAUAAUGAGGGAUCAAAGCCAUUUGCUUCAAUUGACAAAAAUACAUCAAAUCAUAAUGUUCAUGAUCCGAUGAACAUAAAUGAGGCAUUAGGCGCUCAAUUUUCACUGCGAAACCUCUCUCCAUAUCUUCAGAAGGUUAUGGCAGCUGUUCAUUCAGCUCCUAAUACAAAUGAAGGCAUCAAUAUCCACCAACUGGCAAAAAUAAUAGGUGGAGGCAAUAUAGAACAAGCAAUUGAGGAAUUGACAAAUGAUGGACUUUUAUACACGACAAUUGAUGACGAACAUGUCAAAAGUACCAUUCAGCUUUAA